CGGCUCUCGGUUUGGGCUCUGUGGGCGUGGCAAGAGGAAGAAUGAAUGUUCUCUUCGUGGUUCUUGAUCCGGAACUUGUUGUCCAGGAACCCCGGAAGAGAUAGCUCACGCAAGAGAAGCGUGGUGGCCUCCCAGCAGUGAAGAACGGGAAGGCGCGAGUGAGAAGAGGUCCUCUAGCUUCCGCCCAGUGGCCGCUGUAGCCCUCUUCCUGUUCUGCGAGCCGUCCUUUGGAAGAAGGGACCAAGCUGCCGGACAGGGGAGGACUCAGAAUUUCUCCCAGCAAAGCCUACAUCCAGGCAGCAUCGAUGCGCUCUCUCCGAAUAUGUUCUCCAGAUCCUUGCUUAUGGAGUAUUUGGCUCACCCUGGUACACUCAGCUUGGCUGCUGGAGUUGUUUGUGGCAUGUGCCUGGGCUGGAGCCUCGGAGUACGUUUUGGGAUGUUCCCCAAAAGACUGACAAGUGAGAUAGACACAGAGACUGGAACUGAAGCAAGCAUCUUGGGAGAGAGUGGAGAGUACAAAAUGAUUCUUGUGGUUCGAAAUGACUUGAAGAUGGGAAAAGGAAAAGUGGCUGCCCAGUGUGCUCAUGCUGCAGUUUCUGCCUAUAAGCAAAUUCAAAGGAGAAACCCUGAAGUGCUAAAACAGUGGGAAUACUGUGGCCAGCCCAAAGUAGUGGUCAAAGCCCCUGAUGAAGAAACCUUGGUUGAAUUAUUGACCCAUGCGAAAAUGCUGGGACUGACUGUAAGUUUAAUCCAAGAUGCUGGACGUACACAGAUUGCACCAGGCUCUCGAACUGUCCUAGGAAUUGGGCCAGGACCAGCAGAUGUAAUUGACAAAGUCACUGGUCACCUAAAACUUUACUAGGUGGACUUUUGUUUGAUGACAGUGAUCCCUUUAUCACGUUUGAAACAUGUCAAAUUCUAACAAUAAAAGCUGAAGUUCCCCCCCACAAUUUAAAUAUUCUUGAGAUGAAAAUAAAAUCUGUUCACAUGUUCUUCUAUCAC